CCGGUUGAUGAGUUGACACGGCGGCUGGGGACACAAGACACGAGAUAUCCAGGAUCUUCCAGGUAUAAACUGUGCUGUUGAAUCAGGAAAACAUUGAUCUUGGCAAGAUCAAGAUGACAACAACUGCAGCAUUCGAUGAUCUGCAGGAAUUCAAAUCUGCCGUGGCGACCGUGCGCAAAGAUGGCACAGACGAUAAAUACCUGAUCGUAGCUCAUGUUGAGGGAGACCCCAGCAAACUUCGUCUCAUUAAAGUCGGACAAAACGUUUCGGACCUUGCAACGGAAGUAGAUGAUACUCAAGUACUAUACAUACUGUCCCGAUACGAGCGAACAUUUGACAUGUCCUCCACUGUCAAGUUUGUCUACAUUCACUGGAUAGGUGAUCAGGUACCGUUUGGUAAGAAGGGGCGCUACGGAGUUGUUCAAGGAAGUGUACAGGAGUAUUUUAACCCUUAUCACCUGUUAGUGGAGACCAGUCAGAGAGAGGACUUAGACUUCAGCAUCAUAGAACGCCAGUUGGAUGAGACAUCAGGUACUACAUCAAAGGUUCUUGAUAAUGAUGUUGCAUCAGGAAGACAGAAACGCGGCUUUGUCGCAUCACAACUCCCACAGAGAGAUCGUCAAAAAGCUGGCGGAGUUUUCAUCAGCAAAGAAACGGCCAGUAUUGAAGUGUCCAAUGACGUGCUGGAGAACAUCGCGGCUGUGAGACAUGAUGCUGAGCAGCAGCGCUGGAUGCUGGCUUGUUACCGUGACAACAACCCUAAAGGUCCUCUGGACUGUCUGGCACAGGGUGAGGGUGACAUCACAGAGAUGAUUCCACACCUGGCGGAUGACUUGGUGCUUUACGGGCUCUACAGGGUUACUGACAAAGUUGAUGAUAUUGUCACUGUUAAGUUUGUCUACAUCCAGUGGGUAGGUGAAAAAGUAAAACCUUUCACGAAGGCAAAGAUCUCGACGAACAAAGGUCGGUUAGAAGAGGUUUUCACACCUUACCAUGUGUUGAUAUUUACCUCUGAUAGGGCUGAUCUCACAGACAGGAAUAUAAAUGAAAAGGUGUCCUCGGCUUCUGGAACCAAGUCCUUUGUUAAAUAGAUCAAAACCGCAGUAAGGAGCCAAGAAACAUUUUGUCAGAUUGGAUGCUGUGCUGAUGAUGAGAUACAUGUGCAUGUGGUUGGGGAGAGCAGGGACCAUGGUUUGUGAACAAGCCACCAUGGUUUGUGAACAAGCCACCAUGGUUUGUGAACAAGCCACCAUGUUUUGUGAACAAGCCACCAUGGUUUGUGAACAAGUCACCAUGUUUUGGGAAACAAGCCACCAUGGUUUGUGAACAAGUCACCAUGUUUUGUGAACAAGUCACCAUGUUUUGUGAACAAGUCACCAUGUUUUGUGAAGAAGCCACCAUGUUUUGUGA